AUGGCUGGGUACAGAGCUGAAGAUGACUACGAUUAUCUCUUCAAGGUGGUGCUGAUCGGAGACUCGGGCGUGGGCAAGUCCAACUUGCUCUCCAGGUUCACCAGGAACGAGUUCAGCCUCGAGUCCAAGUCCACCAUCGGCGUUGAGUUCGCCACCCGGAGCUUGGAUGUCGAUGGAAAAGUCAUUAAGGCCCAGAUUUGGGACACUGCUGGUCAAGAAAGGUAUCGAGCGAUAACUAGUGCUUACUAUCGAGGGGCUGUGGGUGCACUACUUGUGUACGAUGUCACUCGGAAUUCAACAUUUGAAAGUGUGGAAAGGUGGUUAAAGGAGUUAAGAGACCAUACUGAUCCCAACAUUGUUGUCAUGCUUGUUGGUAACAAAUCAGAUCUUCGUCACCUUGUUGCAGUCUCAACUGAGGAUGGAAAAUCCUUUGCUGAGAGGGAGUCUCUCUACUUCAUGGAAACUUCUGCACUCGAAGCAACCAAUGUGGACAAUGCAUUUGCUGAAGUCCUUACCCAGAUCUUUCGUGUCGUGAGCAGGAAGGCCAUGGAGGCUGGAGAUGAAGCUGCUGCUUCAGCUGUUCCUUCCCAGGGAGAGAAAAUCGAUAUCAGUAAAGAUGUUUCGGCUGUGAAGAAAGGUGGCUGUUGCUCAAGCUAG